CUGGGAUUUGUUUACGAUUCCCUCCAGUUUCUCCUUGCCUUGGUGUCAUUCUCUAUUUACCCCGGUGAUGGUACCAGGCCAGGAUGGAGGGACAGCUGAACACAAUGAACACAAUCCUACAGAACAUGCAGCAGGCUCUCAAAUGCAAUAUAUGUCUGGACAUGCUCAACAAACCUCUCACUACCAAAUGUGGCCACUCUUUCUGCGGCGAGUGUGUGCACCAGCUGGUGAAGCGGCCACGGGGGUCGGCCCAGUGCCCUCUGUGUCUGGGGCCCAUCACUCGACGUUCUUUAUCCCACAAUGUAAAGGUGGCUGCCCUGGUGCUGGCGGUGCGAAGGGUCAUUGCCAGUAUUAAGAAGGAUUGUUGUUUUGAAGUGACCCCCUCCAAGUACCGGCCGCGACCCCGCCCCGAGGCAGCCCUGGAGGAGGAUGACUCGGAGAAUGAGGAGAAGGACGAGCCAAGGAGGGGCACUCGAAAGCGGGGCGCCACAGCACUCUACAACCCACAGGUGGUGCCGCCUCGACCCAGACCCCGCCCCCGCCAAGAGGAGGAUCCUGGCGGCCAAUGGGGCACAAGAGCUGAGCCUGCACAGUGAGGCCACCACCACCACCACCACCACCACCACAGAAGGGCAGGACAGCAGGCCGGGGGAGCUGGACCUCCUUGACACCAUCGCCAGGGACCACUCCUACUCCUCCCCCACCAAGCAGGCCCCCC